AUGGGCGGGGUCACGUCCACCAUCGCCGCGCGCUUCGCCUUCUUCCCGCCCGCGCCGCCCUCCUACACGCUCGUCGCCGACGCGGCCACCGGCCGCCUCCUCAUCCCCGAGAUCUCCCGGCCCCCCGCGCGCCGCCGGAGGCGGGACGGCGGCGGGGACUCCUCCUCAGGUGCCGCCGCAGCAGCCGAGGAGGAGGACGCCACGGAGGUGGUGCGCCUCCGCACGCGCCGCGGGAACGAGAUCGUCGCCGUCUACGUGCGCCACGCGCGGGCCUCCGCCACGCUGCUCUACUCCCACGGCAACGCCGCCGACCUCGGCCAGAUGUACGGCCUCUUCGUCGAGCUCAGCCGCCGCCUCCGCGUCAACAUUUUCGGGUAUGAUUAUGCUGGUUAUGGGAGGUCUACAGGGAAGCCCACUGAGUAUAAUACAUAUGCAGACAUUGAAGCAGCAUAUAACUGCCUCAAGGAAAAAUAUGGUGUGCCAGAUGAGGAUAUAAUUUUGUAUGGACAAUCUGUUGGAAGUGGUCCAACCAUUGAUCUUGCUUCACGGUUGCCAAAUUUGCGAGCUGUGGUUCUUCACAGUCCUAUUUUAUCUGGACUGAGAGUGCUAUAUCCAGUCAAAAAAACUUUUUGGUUUGACAUUUACAAGAAUGUCGACAAAAUCAGCCUGGUGAAUUGUCCAGUUCUUGUCAUUCAUGGCACGUCAGAUGAUGUUGUUGAUUGGUCCCAUGGAAAGCAGCUAUGGGAGCUUUGCAAGGUGAAACAUUCGCCUUUGUGGCUAAGUGGCGGUGGGCACUGCAACCUUGAGCUGUAUCCUGACUACAUCAGGCACUUGAAGAAGUUUGUGUCGAGCCUUGGCAAAAAAUCAACGAAACCUGACUUGAAAGAGUUACCAGCAACAGAAGACACAUCUCGCAAAGACGCAGAAUCUGUGUCCUCGGACAAACCCCAAGAAGCUGCAAAGUGCCGACAGAUCUCGCGGAAGAGCUUAGAUAGUAGAGUUGGGAAAUCCAAAACGGUGGAUGUUCCUGAAAAGCCACGAAUGAGCUCAGAUGACGUUGACAAGUUUAGGAGGAGAAGAUGCUUGGUUUGGUGA